AUGUACUUAGACCUUGUGUAUAAAGAGCUGCUACCUGGCUGUAGCAUCUGUCUCCCAGACACGAUACCACCCAAAGUUGAAAGGAUUGUUGACAAAAGAAAAAACAAAAAAGGGAAGACAGAGUAUCUGGUUCGGUGGAAAGGCUAUGACAGCGAGGACGACACAUGGGAGCCUGAGCAACAUCUGGUGAACUGUGAGGAGUACAUUCAUGACUUCAACCGCCGCCACAGUGAGAAGCAGAAAGAGAGUGGCCUAGCUCGUGCAAAUAGGACCUCUCCCAACAAUGCUAGGAAGCAGAUCUCCAGGUCCACCAACAGCAGCUUCUCUAAGACCUCUCCCAAGACACUAGUGAUCGGCAAAGACCACGAGACCAAAACCAGCCAGUUGUUUGCUGCCAGCCAGAAGUUCAGGAAAAACACAGCUCCGUCUCUUUCAAGCCGAAAGAACAUGGACCUCGCAAAGUCAGGUAUCAAGAUCCUUGUGCCUAAGAGCCCCAUUAAGAGCAGGACCUCGGUGGACGGCUUUCAGAGUGAGAGCCCUGAGAAACUGGACCCAGUCGAGCAGGGACCAGAGGACACAGUAGCGCCGGAGGUAGCUGCAGAGAAGCCAGUUGGAGCUUUGUUGGGCCCUGGUGCCGAGCGAGCCAGAAUGGGGAGCAGGCCCCGAAUACAUCCACUAGUGCCUCAGGUGUCUGGCCCUGUGACCGCAGCCAUGGCCACAGGCUUGGCUGUUAAUGGAAAAGGUACAUCUCCGUUCAUGGAUGCACUAACAGCCAAUGGAACAACCAACAUACAGACGUCUGUUACAGGAGUGACGGCUGGGAAAAGGAAAUUUCUUGACGACAGAAGAGACCAGCCUUUUGACAAGCGGUUGCGUUUCAGUGUGAGGCAGACAGAGAGUGCCUACAGAUACAGAGAUAUUGUCGUCAGGAAGCAAGAUGGCUUCACCCACAUCUUGUUAUCCACAAAAUCAUCUGAGAAUAACUCUCUAAACCCAGAGGUGAUGAAAGAAGUCCAGAGUGCCUUGAACACGGCCGCUGCUGAUGACAGCAAGCUGGUGCUGCUCAGCGCAGUGGGCAGCGUCUUCUGUUGUGGCCUGGACUUCAUUUACUUCAUACGCCGUCUCACAGAUGACAGAAAGAGAGAAAGCACCAAGAUGGCAGAUGCAAUCAGAAACUUCGUGAAUACUUUCAUUCAGUUUAAGAAGCCUAUUAUUGUAGCAGUAAAUGGCCCAGCUAUUGGACUAGGAGCGUCCAUAUUGCCUCUUUGUGAUGUGGUUUGGGCUAAUGAAAAGGCUUGGUUCCAAACACCCUAUACCACCUUCGGACAGAGUCCAGAUGGCUGCUCUACUGUUAUGUUUCCCAAGAUUAUGGGAGGCGCAUCUGCAAAUGAAAUGUUGCUCAGUGGGCGGAAGCUGACCGCGCAGGAGGCAUGUGGCAAGGGCCUGGUCUCCCAGGUGUUCUGGCCAGGGACCUUCACCCAGGAAGUCAUGGUUCGAAUCAAGGAGCUCGCCUCCUGUAAUCCAGUUGUCCUGGAGGAGUCCAAGGCCCUGGUGCGCUGCAAUAUGAAGAUAGAGCUGGAGCAGGCCAACGAGAGGGAGUGUGAGGUGCUGAAGAAAAUCUGGGGCUCAGCUCAGGGCAUGGAUUCUAUGUUAAAAUACUUGCAGAGGAAAAUUGAUGAGUUUUGAUGGACGGCUGAGUGCUGGUGAUACUGGAACUGGUGUGAGCAGGAAAUCCAAGGCUCCCAGCUGCCUCACAGCCAGAAACAAGUUCACUCAUACUCCAUGUGGUAGCGGGGCUGGAGACAUGCAAGUUAUUUAUUACCAAGGAGUUUUUAAGUACUGUAACUUUAAAAUAAAUAACUACAAAGCUCCUUUGUCCAAACGUCGUCAUUUUAUACCCAUACACACAUAAGUGUAAAAGCGCAGUGAUGAGCACUGUGUUGCUCUUGGAAGUCUAAUUUGUUUCCUUUGGCUAGUACUGUAAUUUUUUUCUAUUGUGUUUUAUUCAUUUUGAGUGGCAGGAAAGUCAGGAACGUUAUUUCUUCAUUCUUUUCCUUCUAGAAACAGAAUAUACAGGGGUAUAGACAACCUCCCUCCCUUCCCCAGACAGAUACAAAAAAAAAAAUUGUAAUAUUUCCUUCACCUCCAAGGAGAGAGGCACAUAUAACCUCAUCUAUGGAAAUUCAGAGUGAAAAGUCCUGAUGAGAAAUCCCAACACACACUCAGUGUUCAUGCUAAGACAUCAGCCAGUUCUUCCUGAUUAAAAUAUGUCCAGGUCUUACCCAGGUAACAUGAAGAAACACUGUCUGGAAGAGAACUUACUUUGCAGUAUUAGUGAAUCACUGAAUAGCUUAAGUAUAAGUAGCUAAGUUAUAAGUUAGUCUUAGUGGGUUUUAAGUAGUUUUUCUGACCCUUUUGAAAAUAACUAGAUACGUGCUUCUUGUUGCUGGGUGAGAAAUACUACUUUUGUAUACAAUUUUGGUUUUCUGUCUGCAGGUAUGAUUGAUGUAUUACACCAAAAAAAGUAUUUUUGUUUAUCAAAUGCAAUUUUUAGGUGCACUUAGAAUAUGCUUUAUUUAAUAAGUUAAAAUUCUUCUGGCACACUAUUAAAUAAAAACUCAUUCAAAACAAGAGAACUACUCUCUUUAGGACAGUUCCAUUUACUGUUUUGGUCUCUGGUCUUGUCCACCAUAUGCUGAGUACAGUGCAGUGUCUAGAGCGCCCCCAUGUGGAUGGACUAUGCCUUCCUCAGGAGCGGCAGCUGAUUCCUCACUCCAAGAAGCCUCUUCUAUAGUUAGGCUUCUGGGUUUGCAAUCAUUGAAUGUAUGAAGAAUGAAAUAAAACCAGACCUUAUUUUUGUACAGUUUUGAAGUUUGUACUGAGACCAUCACCCCAGCCACAUGGAGAACUGUACAGUAUGUAAAUCUUCCUUUAGCUAGGAUGGAUUGGUACAGUACUUUUGCAUCUGUGGGACCCACUUUUUUGUUCAGUAGUUUGAACUAUAUAUAAACUGUACAAUCUGUAAAGUUUUUAUAGAAUAAAUAUUCAGCUGUGAAAACUGAUUAAAUAAAACUAAUAUUUCUUAACACA